AUGAUGCUGCGCCACCUCCUCGCGGCCCUGUGUCUGGUGUCUUGUGGCCUGGCCGCCCCCUGGCCGGUCAGGGUCAGGGCCAGGGGGGACGGCCGGAUAAUCGGCGGCACCUUCACCGACAUCGCCAGCUACCCGUGGAUGGUCUCCAUGCAGAUCAACGGCCUCCAUUAUUGCGGGGCGUCCGUCAUCAGCAGCAAAUGGGUGCUGACCGCCGGCCACUGCCUCUACGGCGCCAACAUCGCCACCUACAGUGUGAGGGCCGGCACCACGACACGCGAGAGCGGCGGCGUCGUGUCCGCCGUGUCGUAUGGCGCACUGCAUGGCUACUACGACCCCAACACGAUUGACUACGACAUCUCGGUACUGCAGGCAGCCACUCCUCUGCCCAUCGGUGGCAACAUACAGAUCGUGGGUCUCCCUGCCCAAGGCUACGACCCACCAGGCGGGCUCGCAGUCACCAUCACUGGCUGGGGCGGCACUGCCUCUACGGGGCCGCCGGCGCCGCCCACGAUGAUGAAGGUCGACAUCACUGUCAUCGACCGCGCCAGCUGCGUGGCCAGGUUUGGCGUCACCGACCGCAUGAUCUGCGCCGGCGAGGCCGGCAAGAGCACCUGCUACGGCGACUCCGGCGGUCCGCUCGUCAGUGGCAGCACUCAGGUCGGCAUCGUCUCGUGGGGGAGGCAACAGUGCGAGUCCGACGGCGCCGUCUACGCUAACGUCGGCAACCUCCGGUCCUGGAUCACGGCUGCCGCUGGCGUCUGAUCAAGUUCUCUCAUUCUAUAUAAGUUAAUGAACAGGUUGCAAAAUAAUCAGUUGCCAUAUACACUCAGAGGUUCUCAAAUUUCAGUCUUGUUUCAAAUACGCCUUUACGGUCUAUGUCAAGCAUUACUAGCAUCAA